AACCGUGCAGGCCUGAACUUCGACCUCCUCUCUCUUCUUUCGAUAAAAAAAAAUUGAGAAUCCAUUGAACGGGGAAAAAAAAUCACUUCGAUUCGUUUUUCUUCACAGCUCCCUCAUUUUCUCGAUCGCUCCUCCUUCUUCCGUUCAAUCCAACACACAGAGAACAAUCCGAUCUUCUUCUCUCUUUCCACGUUAUUCUUUUGCUCCCGUUUCGAUUUUUGCGUCGUAUCUAGGGUUUACGAGGAGGGUCGUCGAAGGAGGUGGAUUAUUUUCUCUUUUUGUUCCAAGGUUUUGAGGCUUGGUUGGAUGGUUGUGCAGUAGCUGCUGAAUAAUGACCUCUAGCUCAACAGGAGAUCGAAGAUGGGGUACUGCAAGAAGAAGUGGCAUGACCAUAUUAGGAAAGGUUGCAGUCCCGAAACCCAUUAACUUACCGAGUCAAAGGUUAGAAAACCAGGGUCUUGACCCAAAUGUGGAAAUCGUGCCAAAGGGAACCCUUAGUUGGGGCAGCAAAUCAUCUCUGAACGCAUGGGGUCCAUCGUCAUUGUCACCGCGCACUGAAAGCGGUGCUGGUUCUCCAAGCCAUCUUAGUAAUCGCCCUUCUUCUGGUGGAACUUGCACUCGGCCAUCAACUGCUGGUAGUGAUAAAGCAUAUGAAACUUCUGCUAAUGCAUGGAAUCCAAACUCUCGGCCUUCAUCUGCAUCUGGUGUGUUACCAUCUAAUCAGGCUUCCCUUGCACCGCCGCGUCCGCAUAGUGCAGAGACGAGACCUUGUAGUUCCCAAUUAUCCCGCUUUGCUGAAGCUGCGCCAGAGAAUUCUGCAGUAUGGGGCCAAAAUGCAUCAGAGAAGUUGGGUGUCGGUCCAAUAAAGAACGAUGGGUUUUCUUUGAUUUCUGGAGAUUUUCCUUCACUUGGUGCUGAGAAAGCAAGUUCAGGAAAGAGCUCAGGGCUACAAGACCAUGGUCCUCAUGUUCGUCCUGGAUCAUCAUCUGGAAGAUCAGCAGCUGCAGAAGAGCGAGAUGCUAAUAUAAGGGAUGAAGAAGUCAAUACGUGGAGAAGAGAUCAUAAACCAUACGGUGAAGAUGGACCCCGGCAUGGCAUAGAGGAACCGCAAAUGGAUUCCCGUGGUCCACAAUCAUAUCCUAAUGCUAGUUUCCCCCCUCAUCACUUUGAUGGUUGGCGUGGCCCUCCAAUGAAUAAUCAUCCAGGGGGUGUUUGGUACCGAGGGAGCCCUCCGGCGUAUGGUCAAUCAGUGGGCCCUCGGGGCUUUCCCAUGGACCCAUUUCCAUAUUAUCCUCAAGUUCCGCCUGCUCCUGGACUCGGUGCUGGUGCCAAGGGUAACCACCCUACAAAUGGAGAUAUGGUCAGACCUCCAAUCCCAGAUUCUUAUGUCUGCCCAGGGAUGCCAAUUAGACCCGGAUUUUAUCCCUGUCCGGUACCCUAUGAAGGCUACUAUGCUCCUCCAAUGGGGUACUGCAAUCCAAGCAAUCGAGAUUUACCUUUUUUGGGGAUGCCAUCAGGUCCACGUGGUUAUAACAAGCACUCAGGUCAAGGUGGAUCUGAUCCGGCCGGCAGACCAUUGGCUUCAGAUCAGGUCGAAGCCGGACAUUCCCAAGAACCACGAGGGCCUUACAAGGUUCUUUUGAAACCGCAAGAGGGACAGUGUGGGAAAGAUGAAGCAAAGUGGGAAGAAUCUUUAACAAAUAGGGUUCCUGAGUCAGAGAAGGCAGCUAAACUGAGACCAUCUUCAAACGAUCCCUGGAGGGCCGAAGUCAGAAAUGAUAGAAAUAUCGAGUCAAGAAGAAUAUAUGUCAGUUCAGAGACUUCUGCUCAGGCCUGGGAAGGUGGUUCUUCUGACACUGUCAAAUCAAAGUUGAAUGACGAACGAGAAUUGUUUGAGGCAGGUGGUGAUGUUCGAGAAAGUAAGGAAGAGAACACUGCCCCCAGAGAUCCCAGUUGGAUGCAAAAAAUAGAGAGCUUGAAUGCAAAAUCUUGUACUGGUGAUGGUCGACGACAUGCCUCAUCCGUUUCUAGUAGAGAUCAACAAGGGAGCAAAUCGCGUACAAUUAACGCUGAGAAUUAUGUAAAUAAAUUUCCAACAAAAAAUCCCCAAACAAUUCAUGCAAGUGAUAGCAAGGGCCAAGGCUUUUACGAACAGGGUGAUCAAGCCACAUCUAGGAACCCUGAACAGGCAGCUAUAUCAAGGAGAUCUACUCAAGGAACUCAAGGCAGAGCAGAUUAUCAGAGCAAAGGAAGAGUGAUCAAUCAAGAUGGUGAUGGUUGGCAGAAGAAAGCUGCUAUUUCAAGCUCCACCACUGCAAUACCAACUACAAAUCUGGAGAGCUUUACAAAAGCUCAUAUGGCUGAUUCUUUGAAUACUGAUACUGAACAAAAGCUUGGGCCUGUUCUUCUCCGGAAGAAUGAGGGAGAGUCUGGAAUAUCUACAGAUCCAAAUAGCCAGCGUUCUAGGAUGAGAGAGUUGGCCAAGCAACGUGCUCUACAAAGGCAGAAAGAGGAGGAAGAAAGAGCAAGAGAUCAGCGGGCUAAGGCUCUUGCGAAACUAGAAGAGUUGAAUAGGCGUACCCAAGUAAUUGAGGAAGAUUCAGCUAAGAGUGUGGAAGCUGCAUCUGGUACACCUGAAGCUCCUCGAUCUCUUUCAAAUGAACUCUUGCCAUCAAGCUCAAACUUUGAAAUGGACCAUGUUGGGCAACCACCCCGUGAGUCAAACACCACAGUUAGAGCUGAAAUAUAUGAGGAGGCACCUGGACAAACUAGAAAAAGUGUGGUGCAAGAAGUAAUGACUUCAACUGAGUUCGUGAUAAAUGCUGAUACCACUCAACAGGAUAACCUUCCACGUGUUCAUGAUGGUGGUGCAUCAAAGCAGAAGCGCAUGGGUUAUAGGCAGAAGCAGAAUGUUGUAUUUGAGAAAAAAAUUGCUGGCAACUUGCAUGGUGCUGGUACACAGGAGGCAGUUGAUGGUUUUCCAUCUCAUGAGGUAGUCAAUGAAGGUAUUCUAAGCCAUAACACAGAUAUGCCUGCAACAUCGAGCAUGACAACAGAGUUAACCUACACAAAAAGAAAAAAUAAUCGGAACGGUAAGAAGAAGCAUAAGGUUGUGGAGACAACAGCAGAUGAUACUUCAGGACACGUGGGAAAAGAAACAAAAUCUGGAGGUGACCCAAUUGAAACUGGUAACGAAAAGGCUGCUGAAAUGGAGUUGGGAUCUGACUCAGUUCCAUGUCAAAUGGAUUUGAAAAAGUCCGAUGAUUCUGCUGAGCAAAUCACUUCCGUGGCUAAUGAGGAAGUCCAAGGCAGAGCAAAGAACCAGUGGAAAUCUCAGCAUUCACGUAGGCCUCAAAGAAACUCACAGGGGAAUAAGCCUGCUGAGAGGUUUCAUGGCACCGAUGCUGUUGUGUGGGCACCUGUGCGUGCACAGCUGAAAGCUGAUACCCAAGAUGAAGCCAGCCAGAAGGCAGCGGCUGAAUCUGUUGCCUCUGCAAAGAGUGGGCAACAAGUUCAGAAUAACUCUAAAAGCAAGAGAGUGGAGAUGGAGAGAUAUGUACCAAAGCCCAUAGCAAAAGAAAUGGCUGAGCAAAGUGUCAGUAAAAAGGAAGUUGCUGCUCCACAUGCGCUGGAAAAUGCCCAGAAAGAAUACAGCGGUUCUGAAGGUACUGAAAUGCUCCACCAUUAUUCUGAUUCAACCACAGAGAAAUCUGGGACUGUCUCACAGUCAAAGCAUGGGAAUGGUAGGCAGAACAAAUAUGGCAGAGGGCAUGGAUCAUGGCGUCAGCAUGGACCUGUUGAAUCUACUAAAGCUUUAGAAGAUGUGCAAUUUGUAACCUCAGAUCAGAAUGUCCAAAGAACAGUGAAUCACCAUCAGCUUCUGCAAACCGAGAAAAGUGACAUAGGCUUUGUCAGAGAGCAAACCGCAUCACAUGAUGAUGAAUGGAGUGAUGGCUGGACUAUGAUUCCCGAAGCACAGGAUUCCACCGCCACUGUUCCUCAAGCUGUUGCUGUUGGAAAGGUUCAGGGAAUGACUGCCCGUAGCAAGCAGCAAACUUUCAGAGGCAACAAAGGUGGAGGAAGUAACUAUGGUGAGCACAAAAAUGUCAAUAACAGAGAUUUUCGUAGAGGUUAUGUGCAGCAUUCGGGUUCUAGUGUAAGUCAAUCAGAUUUGCCCGGUGCUUUGAAAGAGAAUCGUGGCCCUGGAGAUCGAUCGUCUUCUCAUUGGCAACCGAAGAUGCAUACUUCCAUUUCCUCUGAUCAAAGAGCAGCUAAGUUCGCCGGAUCUGAUAGUACAGGAGCUGAAACUGAUGGAGCUAACAAAAAGGACAUGCAUAAUGAUGGACGACAAGGGUUUACCAGAGAACAGAGGACAACACCGCCACCUGACAGACACGCUCAGUCUCAAGUCCAAGCACCUACAAAUAAGGAUGCUCGAUUAGAGCAGAACUCGAAUUUAGGGUUCCACAAGAGCACGGGCCAGGGUCGACGUUAUGGAAGCAGGGGUCACGACGAUUCAUCGGUGCUAGAUGAUUCCCACCACCAACGGCGACCUCCAAGCAGGGAUAGACCAAGGCAUAAUUCCCAUUAUGAGUACCAGCCUGUUGGUACGAAAGAGAGUUCUCAGACCUCGGGUCCUAGAUACAGGGAGAAAGGGCAUGCCCACCAAAGGAAUGAUGGAGAAAGGUUUUACCAACAGCAGAGAGGCAGUGUCCGGAGAGGAGACACUGGUUAUGAUUAGUGGAGGAAGAAACUGAGACGGGCUUCUUUCUCAUUAUGACUUUUAAGUGUCGGUGCGGCAUUUUCAUUGCAGGUUUUAGUUAGUCUGAUCAUGGACUCGAUUUCAGAAGUACAUGUAUCCGUGGGUAAGCACCAUUUUCGUGGUUGGCCGUAUAACUGAAGCAGGGGAAAAUGCUGAAGAGUAAGAGAUGUUAGAGCAGCAGAGAAACAGAACUUGCAUGGCAAUAUUUUUCAGUCUCUCUUAAUUCGAUAAAUGCAUCUGAACUUGAGAGCCUUUUGUGUGGGACCAAAUGUGUUGGCAAUGGAAACUAUCUGAAUCUCCUUUGGGUUAAUGUGUCUAAUUUCAUCUGCCCAUUUUGCCA